AUGGACGGAGCAGCAGUACAAGUGGGACGCAACACGAGCUUUAUGGAAACGAUCAACAGAGCCGCGAUUAACUACCACAUCUCCAGACCAUACCGACCGGAAGAAAACCCAGCCAAAGGGGGGAUCAGAGAGCUCAAGCGACGAUUCUACAGAUUGAUAGUCAAGCAUGCGAUACCAGAACGGCUAUGGGACUUUGUGCUCGAUUAUGUGGUUGAUACCAUGAACAUCACCGCCAACUACUCAAGAUAUUCUGACGGACGAGUACCGCUUGAAGUGAUCACUGGACUUUACGAUUUAUGGAUGGGUAUACUACCGCACAGACGGCGCCCUGGGGACAAACGAAAUAGGACAAUGGUUGGGAGUGUCACACAGGACGGGUCCGAUGAUGACGUAUUGGAUAUUACCGAGGAGUGGCCGCCCAAUCUCAACUGA